AUGCCAUAUUAUGCUGUGGCUAAUGGCCGCUCAAAAGGUGUUUACACUAAUUGGAAUCAAUGUAAAGAUCAAGUGAAUGGAUAUAGUGGAGCUCAAUACAAAAAGUUUGAUACUUUAAAUGAGGCUAGACUGUUUGCUUCCGGAGGACGAUCGGGGGGAGGAUUAGGAGGAGGAAAAUCAAGUGGUACAAGUGGAGGGUUUGGUGGUACCAUCGGUGCAGGCGGUCGUUGGUAUGAAUCUGAUAAGGUUGAGAAGCCAUCAUCUGCACGGGUACCUUAUGUGACAAAUGCCAAUCCAGUCCGUGACUCGAUGACUUCUAAACUGUACACGAAGUCGGUGUCUCAAACAACUACGUCUAAAACCCCAGUAAUUUUAGGCUCUUCGUUGAGCUUUUCACCUAAUUACAACCUGGCUCAUACAUCAAGCUCUACACCUAAAGUCACCAAAAUUUAUACCGACGGAGCUUCUCGUGGCAACGGCAAAUCGCGUACUGCUGCUUCUGGAUACGGCGUAUACUAUGGCAGAAAUGACCCCCGAAAUGCAGCUGUUCCUCUAAGUUCGGUAGAUGAUAUUCACACUGUUGCACCCACAAACCAGCGUGCAGAGUUGCAUGCGAUCCAUCACGCGUUAAAGAACAUUAAAAAUGAAUUAGCCACCGCGCCUACAGGGAAACAAUAUUCCAUUCAUUCUGAUUCUAAGUAUGCUAUGCAAUGUGUUGAUGAAUGGUCGAAUAAGUGGCUGAAAAACGGAUGGACAAAUACUGCAGGGAAACCAGUGGCCAAUGCUGAUAUUAUCAAAGAAGCGGUUCAAUUGAAAAAUGAAAUCAAUGAAAUCCAUCAACAAAGAGGACACCAACCAUUGCAAUUUGUCCAUGUUAAGGGCCAUGCUGGAGACGAGGGAAAUGAAGCGGCUGACAGAUUGGCAAACAUUGGUGCAGACCAGAUGGUGUCGAAGAUCAAUAAAUAA